AUGUCGCUGUACGAGAAGAUCGCCCGAUCAAAGCCGUGCAAGUUCCGCAUUGGCGAAGGAAAGACGGUCUUCUAUGUGCAUUCAGCUUUGGUCACCGAGCAAUCGAAGGGGCUCCACGAUCUGAUCUACGAAAAUGACGGCGAUACUGUGAAGAACUCGAUUGCGCUGGACCGAGUCGACGCCGACACGUUCUCACGUUUCGUGGAAUACCUCUACACUGGCGACUACGCCGCCGCAAAGCCCAAAGCACGCGUGCAGUCGGUCGAGUCCUCCGCUGCGGAGAAUUCUGAUGAGGAGCCUACGCCAGCAUCUUCGAACUCGGGCCGCGACGGUCACGACGAGAGCUGCAGCGAGCAUAUAGAUGCAGGCACUUUUUGGGGAACUCGACAUGAGUGCACUUGUGGUUUCGAAGGCGGGAAGUCUGGCCUGGAAGUGCAAUUCGGAGCUCAGCCCGCACCACCAUCUUUUUCUUGGGGUGCUUUCGAGCCAGCACCGCCCGCGAAGCCGAACAAGAAGAAGCAGAAGAAACCCGAAGACCAGAGGCCUCCUAUCUCUGCCAAAGCGCAGGCUUGGGAGGCCUUCAAAGCGCUCACUUGGCCUUUGGCUAAGAAAGAAGCAAAAGGCCCUGAAUACUUCGCCAGACCGAACGAGGCCGGCGAAGACUACAGCGAGGUCUUGCUUUCCCAUGCACGCCUGCACAUCUUCGCUUGCGUCUACGACAUCGGUCGCCUGCAAGCUCUGACGCUCAGAAACUUGCACAAGACCCUGGUUGCAUUCACCAUCUUCGACGAUUGCGCACAGGACGUUGGUGAGCUGUUGGAAUACUGCCACUGCCCAUUCGUAAAUCACGCUGCUAACAAGCUGCCCGAAAUGGUCGACCAGUACGUGGCUUGCAAUAUGGGCAACUUGAUGGGGGAUUCACUUUUUAGAGAUGCUGUCCAGAACUGCGACGCUUCUUUUGGUUUGCUGGACCUGCUCGUCGACCGACUGCGGAUUCUGGAACAGGACCCGGAACACGAUGGCAUCUAG